AUGAUCUUUCCAGAUCUAAACUCACACCUGGCAUGGCAGGCGACUGGCGUGCUCGUUGCUUGUGCUACCAUUGCUUAUGUCUGGCUGAUCUUUCGAGAUGACUUGGCGAUGAAAAAGCCUGGCAAGCAACAGCACAAUAAUUGUAUUGAGCGCAAAAGCAAACACGCAACGUCUACUCAUAACUUUGAUCCUGAUGGAUCAGACCCAGGUCUUUUGAAGAAGCAUUCCACUUUUCAAUCAUACACUACUAGCUACGCUACAUACGCGUCGGUCCGGACUUUCUAUCGACGUCAUCCUCAAGAGGACAAGUUCCCUUCGAAGCCUGCGCCUCUACCCCUCCUCGUCUUCGUGCAUGGAUUAGGUGGCUCUCUAGCACAAUUCAAAGCCGUGCUGACCGGCCUUGGGGAUGUCGCUCCAUGUCUUGGGAUUGAUUUUCCAGGAUGUGGCCGUUCAGAAUUCUCUCCCACAACAUGGUCAGCAUACACGCCAGACGCGCUAACUGAAUUGCUUCGUGCUGCCAUAGAGAGGCACAUCAAACCCAAUCAAGGAUAUGUGCUCGUCGCCCAUAGCCUCGGCUGCUCCGUCUCAGCACUGAUAGCUUCGUCAGCCUCGGUUGGUGGCGAAAGCAAUUCCUCGGAGAUUCUGGGUCUGAUAGGGAUCUGUCCACCGGCUGAGGCACCCCGAGGUCGGCAAGCUACAAUUCUCCAAGCGCUACUUUGUAUACCAACGCCAAUCUUCAACCUAUGGAGGGCGUGGGAUCGAAGAGGUGGACCGUACAGCGCAAGCGUCGCUCGCUUUGUCGGUCUCGAAGCAGACAUUGAAGUCAAGAAAUUGCAAGAAAGAUUCAAUGCCCAGAGCCAGACGCCAGUCUAUCGUAGAAUGGCAUGGGGCCUGUUUCCUCAUGGCUCGAAGUCGACGGGAAUGGCCGGACUUGCUACAUGGGCAAAGCUGAGAAUACCAAUACUGCUCGUAGCAGGGGAAGGGGACGCUGUGACAAAGAUCAGCAACAUCCAGAAUAUCACGCGAGCUCUGAGGAAGAGUCAACUAUCGCCUCUCAAGAACGGAUCAGGGCAACCUAAUGCCGAAAUCAAUUUAGCACCAGACCACCAAUCGGUGAACUUCACAGGUACUCAAUUUCCCGACUCUCACCAAACCCACCCCAUCCUGAAAACCACUAUCCUCCCUGCUCCCGCCUCCCACGCCCUCCUCUAUGACCCAGCCACCUCCCGCACACUCUGUGGCCUCAUUCACACCUUCCUGUCUACGCACAUCUCCCCACGCCUAAGCCUCGGCUGGCAGCUCCAACACCUAAGCGCAGACGGAAAAUGGGACGUCAAGAAUCUCGCAAAAUGGCAGAGCAUUGCCCCCAUCUCUGCCCCCAUCGCCGGCAUCUUCCGAGCAAUGAAGACAUUGAGGGAAGUCGAUGACGAGCACAAUCCCAGCAGAUUCGCGCGUGAAUACGCCGGUACGGUCAAGACAAUCAUUGAUAUUUCGCAUGACAGUCCAGUGUACGAUCCGAAGGGGUUGGAGGACAAAGGGGUGCGGUAUCAUAAGUUUCCUACCGUGUCGAAGAUGCCGCCUACGAGGGACGAGGUGCGUGAAUUCAUCGGAAUGGUGGACAGGAUCGAGCGCGAGGGUGGUGACGGUAAAGAGACGAACGAUAAUGUGGAAACGGGGGAGAAGAAGAUGACUGCCGUCCACUGCCACUACGGCUUCAAUCGCACUGGCUUCUUUAUCUGCGCGUAUCUGAUUGAGAAAAUGGGCUACACGGUACGAGCGGCCGUGGAUGAGUUCGCCGAGAGGAGACCCCCAGGUAUCAGGCAUGAGCACUUCUUGGAUGAGCUGUGGGUUAGGUAUUGUGUUGGCCUGAAAAGAUCUGGUACACUUUGA